GGUCUCUAGAGACCCUGUGGCCAAAGCAACAGAGGCAUGAAAGAUCUAUUCUACAUGUGGUCCGUGGCAUAUAUGUUUUUCAAACGUUCAUGCACAUUCAUGUACCAGCAAAUUUUGCAUAUAAACAUUUGGCUAUUAAUACAACAAGAGUUAGUGUAAAUAAAAAUCGAUUCGUCAUUUUGAUUACUAUUAAAUACGUGUUCCAUCGAUAAUAUUGAAAAAAUGGCUAAUAAAAAUGUUAUUGUACUUGCACCCAACGGUCGGCGACAAAAUGUUAAAGUUACUGCUAACAGUACAAUAUUACAAGUACUGGAAGAAGUCUGUCAAAAACAUGGGUACAACGUAGAUGAUUAUGAUUUGAAACAUUUUAAUAAAGUAUUAGAUCCUAAUGCAAUAUUAAGAUUUACGGGACUAGCUAAUAAUGCACAGUUGGAAAUGGUACCUUGUACAAAGACACGUUUAAAUUCUACUGUAACAAUAGGUGUACAAUUAGAAAAUGGAGAGAGAUUAAUGGCUGAUUGUAUGCCCAGUGUAACAUUAGAUGAAGUUUUAAAACGUGUAGGGCUUGAUGAAGAUCUUGAAAAAGUUGCUCUAACUUACAUGCAUCGUGAGAUUUAUGGAACUGAUACCUUAAAGAAAACAACUUUAAAAUCCUUAGGGUUAAAUAGUGGUAAAGCUGUACUACGACUGAUACACAGAAAUCCUCAAAAGGUGACUGUUGAUGUUCCCCCACCAUCAGUGUCUUUAAAAAGUACUGAAAAUGUUAGUGCAGACAAUAAAACAAUGGCAUCUAAUAAAACUAGUAUAGAAAGGAAAGCAGAAACAAUAAUAAAGACAGACAAAAAACAUGAAGUUCCUAAAACAGAAGAAAAUAAGUCAUUAGUAUCAGUGAAAAAAGAUGCCCCUGAAACAUUACCCCAAGCAUGUCACAAACGGGAAAUAAAACAUUUAUCUGAUGUAGAAUUUCUGGGUGAGAGAAAUGCUUUAGUAUUCAAUCAAGCUGCAAUGCAACCUAUAUCUAGAGAUGAAUUCCCAGAUGAUUUUUACGAUUUAACAGUCGAUGAUGCGAAAGUAAUAUUGAGAGAUGUUAAACGUCACAGAAAAGAAUUGGAAGAAGCACCUCUGUUAACGAACGCUCAACGACAAUUAGAUCAAGAAAAACGAGUGCGUGAUCAAUUAAAUAAAUAUCGUUAUACAAUAAUUCGCAUACACUUUCCAGAUCAGUUUACUCUUCAAGGUUUAUUUCAACCAAUGGAGACUGUACAAAUGAUAAAAGAUUUUGUAAAAAGUUAUUUAACUGAUCCAAAUAGUGAUUUUGUAAUUUUUACAACUCCACCCAAACGUACUUUAGAUCCUACUAGAUCUUUAAUUAACGAGAAUUUAGUUCCUUGUGCUAACGUUUAUUAUUCUGGACCGUCAACUCUUAAAUCGGAUGUAAAAGAAAAAGUUACAGAUCCUAUGAAAGUUGAAAGACAGGUAGCUGAAAUUAGAACAUCAAUGAUAAAUCAAGAAGCUGAAAUAUCAAGCAAAGACACAAAAACAGAUAAUAAUACCCAUGGAUAAUAAAUGUACCAAUGAAUUGUGGACAGAAUAAAUCGAACUACCAAAAUAA